AUGGCAUCAUCAGGAGUAAACGUCCUCCGAUGGUCCGCGCUCGGCCUAGGCGUCUUCUACGGUCUCUACUACCAGGGCAAGAUAUCAGCGAAGGAGAAGCUCGACCAGAUAAACCGGGACUACGAGCGGAAAGCAUCGUUGAUCAGCGAGGCGAAGGCGGCGUAUAUGAAGAAGACGAUGCCGCAGAGUAGCAAGACGGAGGGAGGAGACAUCAUUACGGAUCCCAUGGACCCCAAGUUCGAUUUGGAGGCGUAUUUGACAAUGAAGCAAGCGGGGGAGAAAUAG